ACCACCCUUUCUCUCUCUCUCUCUCAUUUUAAAACCAAGAAAGCCAUUAACUUCUUCCAUUAGACAAAGAACAGAAGAAUCGCAAAUAUGUCAAACCCAUUACUUUCAUCUCUAUAUUUUCUACUUCUCCACCACAUCAAACUCAAAUCUUGAAUAUAUAUUUAUAGACCAAAGAAAAACAAAGAUCAAAGAAGAAUCAUACAUAUAUCAUCCGAUCUUUCAUCUAUGGGGACAGCUUCAUCUUGCCUUGCCGGAUCCGAGACUUUUGCGAGAGAAUUAUGCAGUCUCGAAGACGUGCCAGAGAACUGUAUAACGGCAAUGUUCAUGUACAUGGAACCACCGGAGAUAUGCCUACUCGCGAGGGUAAAUAGGUCAUUUCACAGAGCGUCGAGGUCCGACACCGUAUGGGAACACAAGCUUCCUCGUAACUACAAGUUUCUGAUCCGAAGAAUUUUACAAGGUCAACAAGAAGAUGGAGAAAUAGAAAAACUUAUCAUCCGCAAGAAAGAGAUCUAUGCAAAGCUUUGCCGACCAAACCUUUUCGACGCCGGCACAAAGGAAGCAUGGUUGGACACGAGAAGUGGGAAAGUAUGUUUGGCGAUAUCACCAAUGGCAAUGAAGAUAACCGGGUUUGAUGAUCGCAGAUAUUGGGAACAUAUUUCUUCCGACGAAUCCAGAUUUGGAUCAAUAGCUUAUCUCCGGCAAAUAUGGUGGUUAGAAGCAGUCGGAAAUAUCAGCUUUGAAUUUGCACCCGGAAAAUACAGUCUACUUUUCAAGAUACAAUUAGGCAAACCUUUGAGAAAGUGUGGGAGGAAAACAUGUAAUUUAGACCAAGUUCAUGGUUGGGACAUCAAACCAAUCCGGUUUCAACUGUCAACAUCGGAUGGCCAAUGCGAUACGUCAGAACGUCAUUUGGACGAAUCAGGGAGAUGGCUUUAUCAUCACGUGGGUGACUUCGUCGUAGAGAAUGAGAACUCACCAGUUUCCGUCAAUUUCUCUAUGCUCCAGAUAGAUUGUACACAUACCAAAGGUGGGUUAUGUUUAGAUUGUGUGAUCAUAUGUCCACUUGAGUAUAGAGGGAAAUAUUCAUAUUUCGAUUAAUUUUUUGAAAGGUUUUGUUUUGUAGGAUAUUUUUUUGUAAGUAUGUGAAGUCUCUGUAUAUUAACUAGAACUGUGCAAAUUUCUUUUAGUUCUAUGCCU